AUGAAUCGCAAACGUCAGAGAGGUUAUGUUCUGCAGAGGCUGACAAAACUAAAGGAUCGCUUCGAUAGAGAGACGGAUCUGGACGUUACAACGGCUAUGAGUAUGCUGCAGAUGAUUCCUGAGAUCAAGCAGAAUCUGGAAAAAACUCACGACGAGUACAUUGAGACAUUGGAAUCUGAAAUUGAGCAAUCUAAAGAACACGAGGUUUUUGAGUCUGCAAUGGACAAACUUUUUGACCUUGAACUCUCUCUCAGAGCAGUGGUGAACACGACCACAAUCACACAAGACACCACUACUCGUGACCGUACCGCAAUUGUAACCUCAAAAAUGAAACUUCCUCCAAUAUCCAUCCCGGAGUUUUCUGGUGACUACAUGGACUGGAAAUCUUUUCGAGACGCUUUCGAAUGUACAGUGCACAAGCAAACAAGUCUUGAUGAUUGUCAGAAGUUCCAGUACCUUCGUGAUAAUUUGAAGGGCAAUGCACUAGCAUUCGUGAAGCAUAUUCCCAUAACCUCAGAAAAUUAUGCAAGUGUAUGGAAUAUGCUUAUCCAGCGCUAUGAAAACAAAAAUGCCAUUGUCACGUCUCAUCUGAAGGCACUAUUUUCACAUCCCUCGUCCAAGGACGACGAUUAUUCGAGUUUGAGAGCCCUCUCCAAUGUGUUUCAAACAACAAUCAACGCUGUUGAUGCUUUGGGAGUUACUCAAAGAGAUGCCUGGGUAGUUCAUCUCGUCACAGGGAAACUUGACAAGCGAACUCUUGAGCUUUGGAAUGAGAAGCUGGAGGGUAAUGACAUCCCUUCGUGUGAACAAUUGGCUGCUCUUCUUCAUAAGCGAUGCAAUGUCCUCGAACGCACAGGAAAAUCAGCUGCGGGAAAGACAACAAAUCAGACGAAGAAAAGUGACAAUCAGCCCAAACCAAGAUCUUCUGCGAGUCUAGCUACAGAGACAACACGUCAGCACGAGAAUGAGAAACGAUUGGAGUGUAGUCACUGCAAAGCCGACCACACCAUCUACAAAUGUGACACAUUUAGGGCACUCCCACUGGCCCAAAGAAUUCAGCGAGUCACCGACUUAAAACUAUGCUCAAAUUGCUUGAGACCUGCCCAACACUCUGCCAAGGAAUGCCCCAGCGGAAGAUGCAGGAUCUGCAAGCAAGAACAUAGUUCACUGCUUCACAAGGACGCCCAUGUACAAGGGAAACCACAAACAGAGGCUCCACAAGAAGAUUCGAGCAGCGCAGAUACAGUCAAACGCAAUCAAACUGUAAGCGUCCCGACAGCGCGCACAACUCGUCGAGUGGUUUUGCUUCCCACAGCGAUUGUGAUGGUUCGAGAUGCAUUCAAUCACAUACACCCAUGUCGAGUACUUCUGGAUUCCACGUCUCAAGACAAUUUCAUCUCUGGGGAGACGUGCCAGAAGUUGAGGUUGAAGAAAAAACACGCUAACACUCUGGUCACUGGAAUAGGAGAGUCCCAGUCACGAACAUCCAAACAAGUGACUGUCCAAGUGGAAUCUAGACACAGCAACUUUUCUUCGACAUUUGAGUGCCUUGUUCUACCGAAGGUGGUAUCUAAUCUUCCACAAGAGACAAUUGACCUCAAUGAUUGGAGCCCUCCCGAUGGUGUGAUCAUGGCAGAUCCUUGGUUCUACCAAAGCAACAAGAUAGAUAUGCUGCUAGGAACAGCUGCAUUCUACGAGACUUUGGGUACCGAAUCGAUUAUCAUAAAGCAACUGGGCCUAAGGUUGCAGAAAACGGUCUUCGGCUGGACAAUUGUUGGCGAAUUGAAGAGUGAUUUUCGUGCAGCACCAUCUGAAGAAUCUCUCUGUAUGCUGACAACGACCCAACACUCUGAGUUGGUGAACUUGGUCUCCAAACUUUGGGAAAUUGAGGAGGUCAAGAGAGAAAAACCACCACUCUCAGAUGAGCAACAAAGGUGUGAGGACAUCUUCACCAAUACAACCAAGAGAAAUUCUUCUGGACGUUUCGUGGUCAAACUUCCAAUCAAGCCAAAUGCACGACCCCUAGGAGAUUCUCGAGAAAUUGCGCUGAAGAGGUUUCUGACACUGGAGAGGAAUUUGGCUAAGGACUCAGUCAAAAGAGAUCUUUACCAUGAGUUUAUGCGCGAGUAUAUUGAGCUUUCACACAUGAGUCUUGAGGAGAACCCCAACGAGAAGUCUCAAUAUUUACCUCAUCACGCAGUAUUGAGACCUGACAGUUCAACUACAAAAUUGAGAGUUGUUUUUGACGGAUCGAUGAAAACAACUUCAGGAGUUUCUGUCAACGAGUGCCUGAUGGUCGGAGCGACAGUCCAAGAUUCUCUUUUUGAGAUAUUGCUUCGCUUCAGAUUCAACAAAAUUGGAGUUACAUCUGACGUCAAGAUGAUGUACAGAAUGAUUGAGAUUGCACAGGAGGAUCGUCAUCUAACCUCAAUUUUGUGGAGAUUUCAUCCUUCAGAACCCAUCCGAACUUACACGCUCAACACUGUUACGUAUGGGACGAGCUGUGCACCUUUUUUGGCCACACGCUGCGUCAAUCAGUUGGCUAAUGAUGAGAAGAACAACUUUCCGAAGGCAGCAGCUGCUACUAAGAACUUCUAUGUAGAUGACUACAUUGGAGGCGCCGAGAGUGAUGAAGAAGCCCUAGAGCUCUACAAGCAGCUCAGUGGAAUGUUCUCUACUUGUGGAAUGUCACUUCGCAAGUGGUCAAGCAACAGCGAGAAACUUCUUGAGAAUAUUCCACCUGAGAAUAGGGAACUGGCGUCUUCCAAGAUGUUCGAUUCAGAGGCAACUGUCAAGACACUCGGGCUUAUCUGGAAUCCCACAUCAGACAAAUUCCAUUUCAACGAGUUGAAAAUUGAAGAGAACGUUACAAAGCGAUCAAUGCUGACGACGAUCGCUAGGGUAUUCGAUCCUUUGGGAUCCAUUGCACCUGUAACAAUCCAAGGAAAGGUUCUUGUUCAAAAAGCAUUUGAGGAGCGAGUCAACUGGGACGACGAAGUCAGUGGAGAGUUAAAGGAAGAGUGGUUGAGAUACAAAAGCGAGCUUACAAAUCUUCCAGCCAUCAACUUCCCGAGGUACGUUGGAGUAAAACCAGCAGUUGAGAUAAUUGGUUACUGUGACGCAAGUGAGAAGGCCUACGGAGCUUGCGUCUACGUUUUGAGUGAGGACUCCAACAGAAAACCCAACAUGCAUCUCUUGUGCGCAAAAACCCGAGUUGCUCCAUCAAAGAAUCGACAAACAAUUCCAAGACUCGAGCUCAUGGGAGCUGUACUGUUGGCUGAGUUAAUGGAGAAAGUGAUGACUGCAGUUUCGAUUCCUGUAAGUAAGGCCAAGUGUUACACGGAUUCGAUGAUUGUAUUGCAUUACUUGCGCUCAAAUGAUCCAGCAAGAUGGAAGACAUUUGUCGCAAACAGAGUAGCUUUAAUCAACGAGAUCAUUCCGCAUUCCAAAUGGGUACAUGUGAGGUCAGCAAGUAACCCAGCGGAUUGCCUCUCUCGUGGUUGCAGUGUGAGUGAGCUGAUGAACAACGAAUUAUGGUGGCAUGGAUCCAUUCAUAGUUCAGAGAGUGAGCCAGAGAUUGAAGUGUCACAGCUAGAGUACUCCAAGGAGGGACGGCUGAAAGCUUCACUUUCUGCAAAGGUUACAACAGAUUCCACCAAUGCUAUUCGAGAUUUGAUUGAAAAAUGUUCAUCCUACUGGAAGUUGGUGCGAAUUGUCGCAUGGUGCUUGCGAUACAUUGAGUGUGUCAAAAAUCCAGACCGGCAAACAUCCUUCGGCAAACAUCUGCACCCGGGGGAACUACAAAAGGCUAUCAUUUCUAUCGUCAAGGUUGUACAAAAUGAUGUCUUUUCCGAUUUGAGGACCAAACUCGAGAACAAGGCCAUACUUCCCAAGAAAGCAGCGAAGCUAUGUCCAUUUCUUGACAACGAAGGUGUUAUUCGAGUUGGUGGGCGCUUGCAAAGCGCAGAAUUACCUGAGCAUCACAAGCAUCAGAUUUUGCUUCCCGAUCAUCAUCAUUUUACCAAUUUGGUGGUGAAGAAUGCUCAUAUGGAUUCACUACAUGGAGGCCCUCAGCUUACCAUGUCAGUGUUGCGAGAAUUCUACUGGCCUCAUCGAGCUCUACAUGUGGUCAAUCGAGUUAUCCGGAAUUGCCUCAUUUGUUUCAAGAUGUCACCACCGAGUUUUUCACAACUAAUGGGUAACCUUCCGGCGACUAGAGUGAAUCCAGCGAGAGCGUUUCUUCAUUCUUCAGUGGAUUACUGUGGCCCAUUCCACUUUAAGCCCCCAACUAGAAAGAGUGCUCCACCAAAGGUACACGUUGCAGUUUUCGUUUGCCAUUCGACGAGAGCAGUUCAUCUUGAAUUGGUGGAUGGACUCAGCACAGAAGCUUUCCUGAGAGCAUAUGCAAGAUUCACUUCAACUAGAGGAGUUCCUGCGUCAAUGACAAGCGACAAUGCAACAACAUUCGUAGGAGCAGAGCGAGAGUUAGGAGAGAUGUAUUCUGCGGCAAAUCAUCAACAAAAGGUCACGGAUGUGUGUUCCAUUCAAGGAACCAAGUGGAAUUUUAUUCCACCGCGAACACCCCACUUCGGAGGACUUCACGAAGCAGCCGUGAAAUCCUUUAAGCAUCAUUUCCGCAGAAUAGCCACAAGUGAACAGCUGACGAGUGAUGAAAUGAAUACGCUGAUCAAGAGGAUUGAGUCUUGUCUGAACUCCCGCCCCAUUGGAAGAUUGUCGUCGAGUCCAGCAGACCCCGAUCCACUUACACCAGCGCACUUUUUAGUUCUGGGUUCCCUCAAAUCUAUCCCAGAACCUGAUCUGGACGAGAUUCCCUUGAAUCGACUUUCCCGAUGGCAAUUGAUUUCAUCAUUGCACCAAAGAUUUUGGAACCGAUGGGUGCAAGAAUACUUGCAUUUUCUUCAGCAACGAGGAAAAUGGGAGACACCAACAAGGAACCUUGAGGUAGGAGCCGUCGUUCUUCUACGAGACGAACAAAUGCCUCCCAACCAGUGGAGGACAGGGAUUGUUGAAGAGCUCCAUCCCGGACGGGAUGGUAGAGUUCGAGUCGUGAGCGUCCGUACAACAAAUGGAGUAUUCAAGCGAGGCAUCACGAAGAUUGUUCCACUGUUUGAAGCCUGA